AUGUUGACGAACUACCCCCAGACGGACAAGAUUCCAAACUCUGAAGAAACUAUGGAGUUACCCGCAGAGAAAAGGACCUUCCCAUGCAAGUCGCUCAUCAAAGGCGUUAUCAGUCAUAGCCGCCCCUAUCCAAGCUCUCCCACCGAUGUCCCCUACGGCAAGGGCCUCAUCGCUACCCAGGACUGCCCUGUGGGAACGGUGAUGGAGAAGUUCGAGGGACCCGUGGUAGAGUACUCGGAGCUAGGAUCGGACGAUAUCAUCUACGCACUCAACUUUCAGCAGGACGGCCAGUGGAAGUGGAUGGUAGCCCCGACACCCGCGAUCUAUGCCAACCAUAGCUGUCGACCCAACUCGACAGUCAAUGGAAACCAGGAGAUUGUCACCAUCCGACCGAUUAAGGCUGGAGAGCAUGUUGUUUUCAUGUACAACUAUGGUACGGCUGAGGACAAGUGGGAUCCAUUGUGGACGUUCGAGUGUCAUUGUGGCGCAAAGAAGUGUCAGGGGUUGGUCAAUAGAUACAGGUCAUGGGAGCCAUUGUACGAGGAAUAA